AUGGCAGAGACUGGCGUCUAUGUCAUGGGUGGGCGGCCUGUGGCAAUGAGGCAGGAUGGUGCUGGUUUUCCUGCCGAAAGAAGAGCUAGUGGAAUAACUGGAGACAUUUCUGCCAAUGUACAUGGAGGAUGGGCCUGUCUUUCAAGAAGAAAGAAGAAAUUAGGCAGCCAAGGUCGCAAUAUCUUCAGAAGUGAGAAAAGACCUACAGAAUUUGAUAAAAAGAUACUAUUGUGGACUGGGCGGUUUAAAAAGGAGGAGGAUAUUCCGCCACUUUUGUCAGUGGAGGUACUUAAGGCUGCUCAGAACAAGAUGCGGAUUCGAAUUUGCUACAUCAUGAUGGCACUGACUUUACUGGGAUGUGUGGCCAUGGUCAUCUCCGGCAAACAGGCUGCUAAACGAGAGGACACAUUGCUACAGAUCAACGCAGAGAAGAAGGCCAAAUGGAGGCUAGAGGGACGACUGGAACAGGAAUCCGCAGCUGGAAAAACUGAAUGA